UUGAUCAACGUUCCGUGACUGUGUGGUGCUAUAGUUACUGAUUUGAAAAGGUAAUUCUGCUACUAGUUGUACACAGAGCUUUGAAACCAAGAUGUCCGCUGUCUUAGAUGAGUUUUUUGUUCGAUAUGGAAAGCUCCACUGGGCAAUCACGAACAGGACAGUCGAAUGUAACGGGUAUCAUUGAUUCUGGAAUUUCUGUAAACUUGCUUCUGCUCGGCGAAAAUUUGGUGGAAAAGGCUUUUGAAGAAGCCUUAGAAGUGGUUCGUGAAUACAACUAUAGCGAGGUUUUAUCAAAUACCAGUAAACAACUCAGAGACAGUGAAGUAAAUAAAUCAAUUAAUGAGCCAGGAUUGAAUAUGGACAACUUUAACGUUGCACAGACAGAAGAACAGAGAAAGGAAGCUACUGAUGAUGAGUUUGAUGUAGUUGAUGCUGCACAAAUUUCAAACUUUCCUGCAAGCAACAUAAAGAUAAGUGAGAGCCCUUUGACAGGAAUGCAGGAUCAGUCUAAGGAUAAAAAUAUUAAGGGAUCAGACUCCAUCAUUCCUCAAAUAGAGGUUGACACUGUAACUACACUUAGUGGUUCAAGUGCUGAAGAGGGCAAUGGCAAGGAAGAGAAAAAGUGGAAGAAAUUAAGAAAGAAAAAACAAACAGGAUCAGGAGGAUCAGAGCAAGAUGAUGAUGACAAAGAUGAGCUGAAAGAUCAAAUUGAUAAACUGAAAAAAGAAAAUGAGAACAUGAAAAAGGACAUUGAAAGUUUGUCACAGGAAAAAUUGUCUUUAGGGGAGAGACUGGGGGAGGAAAGUAGCAAGAGGGAAAAUGAAAAUGAGGAGCUGAAAAAUGAGCUAGAUAAAUUAAGGAGAGAGAAUGAAAGAAUGAAAUGGGAAAAAGAAAGUUUGUCAAAGGAAAAAUCAUCAUUGGAGGACAAACUUGGAGAGGAAGAUAGCAAGAGAGCGGAUGAAAAAGAUGAGAUGAAGGUUGAAUUUGAUAAACUAACGAGAGAACAUGAAAACAUGUCACAGCAAAUUGAAAGUUUGUCAAAGGAAAAAUCAUCUUUGGAGGCAGAACUCAAUGAGGAAAGGAGGAAGGAAGAGGAUAAAGACAAAGUUAUCAAGGAACUUGAAAUUAAAUUAGACAGCUUAAAAAAAGAGAAUGAAAACCUGACAGAGAAAAACUUGUCCUUGGAGAAAGGCAUAGAGGAGAAAAAGGAUAAAGUAAAGGCACUUACAGAUCAACUAGAACAAGAAAAAGAAGUCCAUGAACAAGCUAUUACAAACCAGACACCUGAAAAAGAUCAGCUUGUUACUCAACUAAAAGAAGAAAUUUCCAAACUUCAAGUCCGAAUUACAGAACUAGAAAAUGGCCUAGAAAAUGCUCAAAAAGAAAAGGAAGAAACAAUUUCUUCAUCAAAAGAGAAAGUUAAACAACUUGAAGCUGAGAACAGAAGUAAGGAACAACAGCUAGAGGAUGCCAAGGAGGAUGUGAACAGGUCAAUGACUUCUUUGCGUGAUCAAGAAGAGAUGGCUAGUGGCCUGAAAGAAGAGAAUGAAUUGCUUAAGAGUCAAGUUUCCAUACUUCAGAAGGAACUGAACAAUGUUAAAACUCACAGUAGUCAUCUAGAGAAUGCUGUUCAGAAGCUCAUGGACGAGAAGAGUAAACUGGAAGAGGAGCAGAGAUCAUUAGCUAAGCAGAAAAUUACAAAAGAAUCUCAGAAUAAACUGAAGGAAAGGAUCCAAGAGCUGGAGGAUAAGGUGACCAAACUCAAUGUUGAUAGAGGAAAGGUCAAAGCAGAUUAUAAUGAGGCUGUGAAAGCUUUGGAAGCUGUAGACAAAGUGUAUCGUGUCAGAGAGGAUACUCUAGAAAAAUACAAAGCUGACUAUGAAGAUGCCAUGGACUUGAUUAAAAAAAAGGAAAAAGAGAAUGCUAAGCUGGAGAGUGAUCUUUCAAAAAAUAAAGAGAAGCUUACAAGAGCUCUGGAAUACAGAGCAGAUCGAGAAGAACUCAAAGAUCAAAUUAGGAGAAGUAAACAGGCAAUCGAGUCACAGAAAGAGGAAGUAGAGCAGGCCAGGAAAGACUUAGAUGAGGAAAGACACACAUUGAGGAUGGCACAGGCCAGAGCUCAGGAGAAGGGAAGAAAAAUUCAAAUUUUAAAUCUGGAGCUCACUGAAGUCAAGGACACCUUGCAGAUUGCCAGGAAUGUUAUCGAUGAAAAAGAAAAGAACAUGAAAAGUUUAAGGGAAAGUUUGGAAAAUGAGAAAGAAUUAAGGGUCAAACUGGAAAAGGAACUAGACAUCAAGUCACAUAUUGAGAAGAAACUGAAAUUUACAGAGGAGGAGAAACAUAGAGUUGAAUGUCGGCUGAAAAACACUGAACUGGAGUUAAAGGAAACUGAGACAAGUCUGGAACAAUCAAAUAGCAAGAGAAAAGAACUGGACCAGAACAUAGAGAACUUACAAAAUGACAAAAAGCAACUCAACAGUCAACUUGAAGGAAAAUCAGCUGAAAUAUCAACCUUGACUGGACGCAUCAAAGAGCAAGAAAAAAACUUAGGUGAAAAGUUGAUGGAAAUAGUACGGCUUCAAAGUGUAGUUGAUGACCUUAAAGACCAGCUUGAGGACGUGUUGAUAUCUUAUGAGAAUGACCGUGACUGGUGGAAGCAGAGAGCUGACAAAGUGUUGGGGAAGAGACCUAAAAGCGCCCCACCCAAGAGGAGGCCAGGCAGUGAAUUUCAAAGUGGUGGAUCAAGUUUAGUACGUAGACGCCUUGCGCACAAAAUGGGUCCACCGUGUUUGAACCAAAGUUACAUUAAUAGCUCGCAUAAGAUUGGACGGAUGAGACCUGUACCCGCAGGAGAAGAACAAACACCUCAAGUCACAAACGGUGAUCUUGCUGAUGGGGGGCCAGGACAUCAUUCAGCACCGGAGACCACCCCUAGACCUCCAAGUGCUUCUCCUUCAGACAGGCCGAGAACGAAACGUCCCAUGUCGUCAUAUGGUGUAAGGUCACACACACCUCUCCUGACUUGGUCACGUGAUACAGCGGGAUACCACAGCGACCUGGGUGGUAUUUCGGAGGGAAUCGGUCUUAAUGGUUACGAUGCUGAUGAUGAAGUUUUCUCUUCGGGUAGUGUCCAUAAAGGAGACAAAGUUAUGAUACAAAGUAGAGUAACUGGAGAAGAAAAGAUGAACUUGACAGGAAUGGUGAAGUACGUCAGCAAAUAUGAUAGCGGUGGGAGUAUAUUUGUAGGACUCAAAAUUGAUCACCCAGGAGCUUUUGGUGGUCAGGAAUAUAGCAGAGUGAAGCUGUCAGACAUACAUGCUGUUAUGAAUCCUCGUGUAGACUCGUAACUUCUCUCGCAUCAGACCUAUGACAUUUGACUAAAUGCAAUACCCACACUGACGGCCAGUCAUGGAAUGCUAUUUUGCAAUUGAUGCAUGAAGUCCCAUUGCAAGAGCGCAAGUCGACCGAAGGAAUCAUCUGCCAUUCAAAAUAGUUAGUGUUAACCCUUCACACCUUAACGUCAGUAUCCAUAUUCUCCUUACUCGUCUUUAUACAUUUCCUUAGAAACUGACAAGGAGAAUUGGUUUAACAAUCAAAGCUACUUAGUUUGGCGAUCAUUUCUUCAACUCUCAUGAUCGUAAUGAAUGAUUCACCAAUUUUUUAGUUGAGAGAAAUUAUAUGCUAGUCACUCGUAGAGUUUAAAGGAUUUAAGAGGCAUUUACUGCUCUUCUCCCAUUUCACAUUGACCUUCUUUACAGACGCUAAGCAAACAAUUAGAUUGAUUUUUUAAAUUUUUUAUGGGUGUUCAUCAGUAGAUCCCAAUUAUUUCUU